AUGGUCGCUCCUGACGAAAUGAACAUUAUCGCGGGUGCCCUGACCAUGUCAACAAAGACGGUCGGUGAUAUCAUGUCGCCCAUCGCGGAUGCCUUUAUGUUGCCGCACACCGCUAUUCUCGACUUUGACACCAUGAACGAGAUAUUCUCGCACGGCUUUACUCGCAUACCAAUUUAUGAGGGCGAUCGACGCAACAUCAAGGCCAUCCUUAAUGUCAAGGAUCUGGGCUUCAUUAACGCGGACGACAAGGUACCAGUGGCCACUGUCUGCAACUUCUACAAUCGUUCCAUCUUGGUGGUUCCGGACACCACCAGCCUAGAAACAAUGCUCAAUGAGUUCCGUCAAGGUCAGUUCACUUAA